CAUUUUUUGUUUUAGUCAAAUAUAUGAAUUUUGUUAAAAUUUUAAAUUGUAUCGUAUACAUAGUUCUUUUUGUAUUAGUUUUCGUGUUUUGUGUUUAAAAUUGACAACAAGAAGUUAUUAUCUAAGGAAUUUUGAAGAGAGAAGCUGAAAGGAAGGAGGCAAAGCUGUAUGUGCCGGGAAGCGAAAAAGAUGAAAAACAAUAGCAAGACUGAAAUGAGGGCAUGGCAAGAAAGUAGAAUUGGUCCCUUCUCUGAGUUUUCUACAGGAGACUUGGAAAACACUUUAUUAACAUCUUUCGCCGCAGAUAAGAAAAGCCACGCUUUGAUUCCCACUGAAUCAAAUAAAGACUUCCAUCAGAUAUCUCCUCUUUUCUUGCCUUUGCCAACUCUCUCAUCCUUCAACGGUGGAGCAAAGCAUCUUAAGCUUGCACUAUCAGUAUCACUAAGAACCAUCCCACAAACUUAUGGGAUCUCUCUUUAAAUAGGAAUGAUGAUGGUGGUGGGCUUUAAGUUUAUCCCCACCGAAGAACCAACAUCAAAUUGACACCGUCGAUCACACAAAAAUCAAUCAGUUCUUCUCUGGUUCUGAUCAAACAAGUAACAAGUUCAUUCACUUUUUUAUUCCUUGGUAGAAAAUAUCACGAGGUUAGUGGGCCCAACUAUAUUUCACUAGAAUCAGAUCAUCUUUUUGAAAGCACAAGGCAUCGUCUCAGACACUUUAGUGUUAUUAUAUUGGGGUUAGAGUGGGGAAAUGUUCAAAAAAUAUUCCGAAUUUUCAAUGAUUUAUUUAUCCAGUAAUAUUCAAGGAUAGAAGGUGGAUGGCAUGGCAUGUCCUCAAAAUCGAGUGCAAACCGAACAUCUUUGUCAAAAGUGUUUUCCAACUAACCCCAAUUUUAUCUUUCAUCAAUUCUUAACAACAAAGAGGGACCCUAUGACAAUUUGGUGCUCUUAAAUUAAUACUUCAAUUGUAUCAAAUCUAAUAUAGAUAUUGCAAAUGAUCUUUGUUCAACUGAGCAGUUCUCCAUAACCCCAAAGAAGUAAAUCAAUUGGAGCUGUUUCAUUUAGUAUUCUGAAAUGAAUUUGGAAUUUGGCAUGAAU